AUGGCGGCUGCUUCGACAUUUUCUUACGCGCAAGCAGCAAAGGGACAGAGCACGUCCCCGCCAACUUCUGGUCCAAACCCUGCAUCUCAGCCUCAAGGAACCCCCCCUGCUUCGGCUCCCGAACAUCCGGUCGAUUCCUCACAAGGCUCACAUGUAGUCGAGACGCGCCCUCAUGCCGUGGGGGAGAAACAAGAUGUUGUCAGUAACGUCGGCUCCGAGAGCGACCUGCGCUCCGAGGUUGCCCAUGAAAGACGCUCCGAAAUCAAGCGAGACGAUGAAUCUGGAAGAACAGACCGCCCUUGGCGACGAACAGAAAAGGGGACGAGGUCUUCUAGCACAACGACGCGGUCCGUCGACGACCAGGAGAGGAAGCCCCGCAAAAGCAAGAAGUCCAAGGGUUCCUCCGACAAGCAGUCAAAUGAUCAGGCCGCAGCCUCUGACAAAGUCAAAGAGAUUGCACUCGAAGUCCCCAAAGUGGAACUGUCCGAAGCGCCUAUCCCUUCCGUCAAUAUUUGGCAUCAACGGAAGGAACAGCAGGCCAAAGUCAAGCCUUCGUCCCUCGAGGACAUGUCCAACGGUACUUCCGCCCACGAAGCUGAUGCGAAGAAACCUACCAAGGAUCCCGCUCCGAUAUCUCCCGCAAAGGAGAACAUUCCUACAAAUGGCGUCAAGCCGAGCCGCAAGGCGGCCGGCGAAUCUGGGCGACCAGAGCGGAAUGGCAGCCGUGGCUCACGUUUAGCUGACAAGGAUGGCAAGGCUGUAUUGCCUCCCUCGGUUGACGAUGCUGCCUUGUGGCCCACGCCAGAAAUCACCACCAAGGAGGAACAGAAGAAGCCCGCAGCUGCCAAGUCCGCUGUCGCACCAGAGAAGGAGGCCCAGGAUGAUGGCUCUCAGGGCAAGCGAACAAAGGAAAAGUGGGUGACGUACGAGUACGUCCCUUCGGUCAAUUUCGAGACCCAACUCCCCCAAAUGCGCAACUCCAAACCUCGCGGUGGUGCACGCAGUGCCAACGCCAGCAGGGCCGCCCCGUCUGCUCCCGCACAACAAUCGAGCGAAAAGCCGACCACAGGUGCCGGUACCAACAACGCCAUCAAGCCUAGUGAGUCCAAGGAACGUGCGAAGGAAAGCAAUGCCAAUUCCAGCAAAACCACUGAUCUCCCUCCUGCACCUAAACGGACUUCGAUGGAUGUAAACAACGCCGCCAGGGAACAGAAAAGGACCCCAUUCCAGACUGGCAGUGACAAGAGCAAGGACACCGUAGCGACACACCCAUCUCAACCACACACAAACAAUGCUCGAUCUGAAGGUCGAAGCGAGAGGGGGCGGGGGGGAUACAGAGGCCGUGGUGCCCACCACCCCAUCAACACUCAUGCUCACCAACACAAUGGCCCCCUUAAUUACGCUCAUAACGGUUCUGUGCCAGGGAGGCCUCAAGGCCCUUACAGCCCACCACCACGACAAGGGGCUCACGGUCAAGGGUUCAUUCCCACCUCACAAAGAGGUGGGCGAGGUCGCAACGGUGCUGGUACUAAUUUCCACCGCAUGUCGUUGCCGAACGGCGCUACUCGCAUGCCACCUAUCCAAGCUGCUCUCGGCUCUUACGAGUUUCCGAUGCACCCGAUGCCCGCUGUUCCCUUCCAACAGCCGCCGCAAUUUUGGGAUAACAUGGUUCUGCCUGUUUUAAAAAACCAGAUAGAGUACUACUUUUCGAUCGAGAACUUGUGCAAAGACAUGUACUUGCGCAAGCGUAUGGAUUCUCAAGGCUUCGUCAAUCUCCACUUCAUCGCUGCGUUCAAGCGCAUCAGGGAAUUGACCCAGGACAUGGCAAUGAUUCGAGCUGUCUGCGAGGGGUCCGCUGAAAUCGACUUUGUGGUCGGCGAAGACGAGAUUGAGCGCCUGCGUCGCAGACAUGGGUGGCAGAAUUUCGUCCUACCCAUGGAAGACCGGGAUGACUUUGCUCGCAACAAUGGGCCGUCUCAUCUGACGUUCAAGAAUCGUCCUUUCAACUUUGGCCCUCAGUUCAACGGCAGCAUUCCACUGCCGUUCGCCAUUUCUCCCCAAUUGGGCUUUCCCCCGCAAAGCGAUGGCCAAUUUCACCAAUUUGUGGAAAGUCUGCAGUCUGUCCAGCAUGUGAACGGCUAUGUCAAUGGUAGCGCCGUCAACCACGGUAGCACGCAGCUAUCAGCCAACGUUCCGGAUUUUUCUCCCUCGAGGUCGGCUGCAUUGGGCGGACAGGACUUUAAUGCCACUCAAAAUCACGCCGUGGAGAAGACAAAUGGCGCAGGCUUGACCAAUGGGAUCCACGCUGAGUAG